AUGGAUAUCGAAAAUGCCAAGAAACAUCUUAGCGAAUUACAAAAAGAACGAAGGAAAAAAAAAAUCACUCUACCACAUAUUUUUAGAAGCAAAACAGUUAUUAAGGAAGAGUCGAAUGAUGUAGUUAGAGAAAAUGGUAAAUGUGAAGUUUUAGAAAAGCAUUUCCCUUACAUUAUUAGUAAACCCAUAAUUCACUUAUGUGCUGAGAAUGAAAUGGUAGAUAACUUAAAAAAGAAAAAGUCAUUCAAUGAGACAGGUUCAACUAAAUUAUUUGAUGAUAUAUCUGUAGGAAAUUGUACAGAGAAUUCUAUACUGAGAGAAAUGAUUGAUAUGAGUAUAGAUGAUGAAACAUUAAAUUUAGGGGUUCUAUUCACGGGUUUGACAGCACCUGGUGGACAUAACAUAAUAUGUGGUAUAUUAGAUAGUCUAAAGAAAAAAAAUAAAAAAAAUAUAUUAUAUGGUUUCUUAAACGGAUUUGAAGGGGUAAAAAAAUAUUGCUUCAUGGAACUGAAGAAUGAAUAUAUUAGUAUGUUUAGAAAUAGUGGUGGUUUUGAUAUGAUAAAAACUAGCUCAUUCGAUUCUUUAAAAGAAAUCGAAAAAAAAAAAUGUUUCAAAAUAUGUAGACACCUUAAUUUGGCAGGACUUAUUAUUGUUGGAGAUGUAGAAAGCAGUAAGCAGAUCACCCACUUGGCUGAAUAUUUCGAAAAAGUUAAUACUACUGCUAAGCAGCGGAGACAUAAAGCAUCGAUUGUAGGAAGUAAAUGUGAUAGAACAGAAGAUGAAGCAAACCAAGUAGACAUAGAACACUUCGAGGAUGAUAGAACUUAUGAAAUUGUAAGUGAUCUUAGUGAUGAGGAAAUAAAAGCAAAAUAUCCAAGAAAAAGAAAAAACAGAAAUAGACAAACCUCAAUUGUAUGUGCACCCAAAACAGUGUACAAUGAAAUGAAAAGUAAAUUAAUUGAAUGUUCCCUAGGAUUCGAUACCACUAUUUUUUCAUACUGUCAAUAUAUAAGUUAUUUAAUUUCACAUGUAAAAACAUAUCAGAGUGGGUAUCAUUUUGUUAAGGUUAUUGGGAAUUCUUCAAGUCAUGUGGCUCUCGAAUGUUUCUUACAAACCAAGGUUAACAUCGUUCUAGUCAGUGAAGAAAUUAAAAAAAAAAAAAAAAAACUAAAAGAUAUAAUAAAUUUUAUUGCUCAUGUUGUUCAAACCAGGUAUCAAAUGCUUAAGAAAAAAUAUGGCAUCAUCAUAACACCUGAGGGAUUAUUGGGUAAAAUUGUGGAAUUCAAAAAAAUGGUUAAAGCACUCAUAUGCGCUAAGAAGCAAUUUGAAAACUUCACAUUCGAUGAACAAGAGAUAAAAAAAAAGAUGGAAAAACACUUAGAUGCCGAUAGUAUGGAGCUUUUUCAUUCUCUCCCUCUCUUCUUUCAGAAGAACCUCUUGGACGAAAUCAAAUCUGAGAAAUUUCAGUACUCGCGCCUUAAAACGGAAGAGCUCCUUUUGACCUGCGUGAAAAAGCAAAUAGAAGAAAAAAAAAUAAAAGACAUUAAGUUUGUUUCCCAUUCGUAUGAAAAUGAUAUUACUUGUUCUCUUCCAUCAAACUUCGAUUGUGCUUACAGUUACAUACUAGGAUUGGGCUGUGUUGAAAUUGUGGAAAAUAAUUACAACGGUUAUUUAUGUAUCAUCAGAAACUUAAAAAAUCUGCUGCACGCCCCACAGAAGGUGGAAUUGCUGGGUGUACCUCUCUCUCGCUUAAUGAGGGUUAAGAAGGUUGAGAUACAUGAGGGAAAAAAAGGAGAUGUCAAAAGGGAGGGCUCUUGGGACAAUCAUGAUCACCUUGGCCACGAAGCAAUGUCGAAUCUGAAUGACCACGAAGCAAAAUCAAAUCAGAAUGACCACGAAGCAAAGUCAAAUCAGAAUGACCACGAAGCAAUGUCGAAUCUGAAUGACGACGAAGCAAAGCCGAAUCUGAAUGACAACGCAAUCUUUGUGAAAAAAAAAAAAAUAAACUUAAGCAACACAUAUUUCUUAAAAUACAAAAAAUAUAGAUGCAUGUUGCUUUAUGCCGAUAUGUAUAGAACCCAUUGUGGGAUCCAGUUCGAGAGUAACAUGAUUGAAGACAAUGAUGAAUGUGCCUUGAUUUCCCCUAACAAGUUGAACAAAAUCUUUUCAAGCCCUUCUUCUAAAUAUUGCUCUAAAUGGUCUGAGAUAUUCAAUAGAAUAAACUUCACUCUUUCUGGGUUCAGUGGGAAGUACUUGUGUGGAGAAAGAUGCUUUGGGGGAAUACAUACUGAGGUAGACUAUUUGAAAAAUGAAGUAGAGAAGGUGGACAUCCACGAGAUUCUUCAGGAGAGUGAGCGAAUAAAGCCGGGAACGUCCGAGGAUGCAACUCCUCAGGGCUACGAACAUGUGUCUGAGUGCAGAAAGGAGGAAAAUGAACAUUCAGCAGGGAACUCCAACUCCAGCAUCAAGUGCAGCCCCAAUUGCAACUUCAAGUGCAGCCCCAAUUGCAACUUCAAGAACAACCCCAAUUGCAACUUCAAGAACAACCCAAACUGUAAUGUAAGCUCUGCACAGGUCUGGCCCCCCUCCGAAAUUGAACAGAUACUAUCGAUGACUACCAUAAAAUUCAACACGAAUCUAAUUCGACACAACAGUGAAAUUGUGUACGUAGAUAGCCACUUCGAAUCCAGUUUAAAUUUGGAAUCCUUUGAAUACAUAGACAAGAUAAAAGAGAUUUAUGUAAUCCGAGAAAAGCCCGUGAAUAUGAAUAAAAGAUCUAGAUGUAAUGAUAAAUGCACAUUUGUAAAAACAAAAAAUGUAGGCCUUGUAAUCCUUUCUCAUAGUGUGCCAGGAGUAAAUAACAUAAUAGCAGGUUUGCAUGAAAGACUUUCAAUGAAUAACAUAAAAUUAAUCGGUUUUUUGAAAGGGAUAAGAGGAUUAUUAAAUAAUGAUGUGUGCAUAAUUAAAGAUAGUUAUGUGAGGAAUUAUGUAAAUUUGGGGGGAGCUGCAUUGCUAGGUGUGCAAUUAGAAUGGAAUAAAAGGGAUGGUAACGAAUGUGGGAACAGUGAAAUAGUUGGUAUUCACGAUUUGAUGAAAGAAAAAUAUAUGGAAGAAAUAAUAAAAAAUUGUAGAAAAAAUAGGAUUACAAAUUUAGUUUUCAUUGGAGAUGAAAAAGUAAUAUCUCUUAUGAAUAUACUUAAUGAUAAAUUUAUAAAAAAAAAAGUAGACAUAAAAAUUGUAACAGUUCCAAUUUCUUUAUACAAUAGUUUUUAUAAAAAUUUAAUUGAAUGUAGCAUAGGUUAUCAUUCAAUGGUUCAUACUAUGAGUGAUAUAAUUGGAAAUUUACAGACCUAUACAAUCAAUAUGAAUACAUUUUACUACUUUGUUAAAAUACCCACGAAUAUUUCCUCUUCGUCACUUUUGUCUAUACAAUUACAAACACAUUGUAAUAUUUGCUUAAUUGGAGAAUGCAUAGAUUAUCAAAUGAUUACUCUCCAUGAACUUAUUAAACAAAUUUCAACAAUUAUCAUUGAAAGAAUAAAUCGGAAAAAAUUUUAUGGAAUUAUAUUACUAAGUUCAAAUUUAAUCUUUAGAAUCACUGAUUUUCACCAUUUACUCUCUGAUGUGAACCAAAAUAUAAAUAAUCAAGAUGAGUUAAAUCAAAUUAUCAAUGAAUCUAUCCUUGAUGAUAAGAUUGUAAAAAAGUUAACCAAAGAAAGUGUGGAAUUGUUGAGAAUUUGUACUAAAACAGUGAAGGAAAAACUUCUAGACACAAAAAAAAGACAAGAUGAAGAUGUAGAUGCAAACUUUGAAUUCAUGCUUGUAGAAGAAAUAAAAAAAUACAUAAAAGAAGUUAUGUCAAAAGCUAAGGAAAAAAAAGAAGUGUAUGCCUUCAAAGAACAUAUGAAAACUGUGAAAAGUAACCUGAUACUAAAAGAUACGAAAGUCUAUAGUAAUAUCAAUUAUAUACAGCAUUUUAAAAGUGUUAUUAAAAAUAUGGAUAUGGAAAUAAAUUGCUGUUUUCCAACACACUUUGAUAAUUCAUUAGCAUUUUCUCACGGCCUACUAGCUGGUAUAGCUAUUGAAAAUGAUCUGGUGAAUUAUGUCACAUCUAUAAGACAUUUAAACUUGAAUAAACAAAAUUGGAGUAGUUCUCUCUACCCAGGUUGUUAUUUUCUCAAUCGGAAUGAUAUGUGGACCUACGACGGGUACCCUUAUGUCGCCCCGGAAGCCGUUUCAGUGAAGUCGAGUCAAAUGGCCACCAUCAAACAUAAUGCAGAUACGUGGGCUUACAACGAUUGUUACAUUUUUGUCGGACCAUAUCAACAUGAAGUUAACUCAGACAGUCCUGUAUGUUUUUCACACAUCUUCUAA